AUGAAAUAUCCAACUUAUAAAGAAAUUGUACCUGUUGGUACUGUAUUAUUGAUUGCUGCUUCAUCAUUCGGUUUAGGAGUAGUUUAUUCAAAUUUGAUUUAUGAUUAUCAAACUUUGUGGGCAUUCAAAGGUGAUACUAAAGUAUUUCAAAAUUCUUUUAACCAUUAUUUAAAUUGGGCUAGCGCUCCAGCUUAUUUACAUUACAUUUUACAUUUUGUUAUGUUCUUAGGUAUUUUAGGUGGUUUGAUCAAAUUAUACAAACCUUCUGAAGAUACUACUUAUUUUGAAUAUGGUACUUUAGGUUUAUUUGUUUUAAGUAUCAUUGUUUAUUUAACUAACUUGAGAACGGGUAUCAAUUCCGUCUUUUUUAAUUCAUGGGGUGAAGUUAGUAUGGAAACUGGUAUUAACGUCAUUGCUGCAUCCCAAUUCUUUGUUGUUGUUUUAUUGUUUGGAGUUAUCUUCUUACAAGGAGGAUUAUACUUUGCUGAAUGGUAUGAUGGUCAAUUAAAAGAAGAAUUUUUUGCCAAUGAAAAGAAAGAAUUAGAAGCCAAAGAAAAAGCUGAAUCAAUUACUACUGGUGCUGAAAAGACCAAAGAAAAAGAAUCUAAAGUCGUUAAGAAGAAAUCAAAGAAGGCUUAA